AGCCACCCAGGCACCGAGGUGACCGUGCUGGAUCUCUUUGACCGGGGGGCGUCGCUGCGGCCGCUGUGGCUGCAGGUGGCCGGGUUCAGGCAGGCCCUGGCCCCAAUCAUGGCAAAUGCAGUCAAUGGGGUCCAUCUGCUGGGGUACAGCCAGGGGGGGCUGAUCUGCCGGGCCCUGCUGGCCACGACCCCCGACCACAACGUGCGGAGCUUCAUCUCCCUGGCGGCGCCGCAGAUGGGGCAGUACGGGGACACCGAUUACCUGAAGUGGCUUUUCCCCAGGCACAUGAAAUCCAAUUUAUACCGACUGUGCUACACCCCCCUGGGCCAGGGAGUGUCCAUCUGCAACUACUGGAAUGACCCUCACCACCGGGAGCUGUACCUGAACAGCAGCGAUUUCCUGGCGCUGCUCAACGACGAGAGGCUGCACCCCAACGCCUCAGAGUGGAAGCGGAACCUGCUGCGGAUCCAGCGCCUGGUGUUGAUUGGGGGCCCCGACGACGGCGUCAUCACGCCCUGGCAGAGCAGCCUUUUUGGUUUUUACGACGCCAACGAGACGGUUCGGGACAUGGAGGCGCAGCCGGUGUUCCUGAGAGAUUCCUUCGGCCUGAAGUCGCUGUGGGCCCGGGGGGCUCUCGGGGGCUGCGCCGUGCCCGGGGUGCCCCACACGGCCUGGCACAGCCACAGGGGGGUCUAUGACAAAUGUAUACGGCCCUAUUUAACAUAAAUCUAUAGGGGAAAUA